AUGGUAAGUGGUAACCGUCUGGUUGGAGCACUAGAAUGUCGUCCGAACUCUUGGCCCUGGACGGCACAGUUAAUUUGGCGAAAUGGAGUACAUCGUUGUGGUGCAGCGCUGAUUGAUGCUAGUUUUAUUAUUACUGCAGCCCAUUGUUUUUCCAAAACUAGAAAUCCGGAUUACUACAAAAUUCUUCUCGGAGGUCAUGAAGCAGGCAGUGGUGAACUGCAUCAUGUCAGAAAUAUUUCUGUUCAUCCGCUUUUUGGCGUCGUUCAACCCAGUUCUUACGACGUUGCUGUUGCAAGAAUUGAUCCACCGGCCAAUUUCAGCAGUCAAAUUCGUAAAGUUUGUUUGCCGGUAUUUCCAGUACCUAAUAACAAAAUAUGUGUUGUUACAGGAUGGGGCUUUAACGCAGAGAAUGGAAAUCGUUCAAAAAUUAUGAGGGAGAUUCAUGUUCCUAUUUUACCGCCUUUUAAAUGUAACGAUUUCUUACACUAUAGAGGAAAUUUGCAUUUACCUUCAAUGAUUUGCGCUGGCUAUUUAAGUGGAGGUGUUGAUGCUUGUCAGGGAGAUUCUGGUGGCCCCUUGGUUUGUGAGACAAGAGGAAAGUGGGAACUGCAUGGACUAGUUAGCUGGGGACUUGGUUGCGCUCGGCCGAAUAAACCAGGAGUUUAUACCAAAAUCAUAGCAGUUGUUCCCUGGAUUCGGCUUCAAAUGCUUACCCUUCAUUAA